AUGGGUUUGUGGUUAUUUCAGAAGUACACACCAAAGAAGACUGGUGCCUGUGGGAGUACCGAAGACGAGCCGGCUGUUUUCCGGAAUUCUACAUUUUGGAACUGUGAUAAAGGAGCGGAAUGGGUAGAAGGUGGAUCUAUUGUGUUUGACAGAUUUGUACUUGCUGACAAUACAGCUGCCAAUUUCGAAGGGAAACUGAUUAAAGAUGGAAGUAAGCCGAUGAUAAGUAAUUCUAUCUUUAUUGCCUACAGUACCACGACAGACACCAACAGCUGUUCGAGUCAUUCGGUCGUAUUGCCUUAUAACGGACAUAGGAUGGAACUCAAAGGUAACACUUUCAUAAAUCACGUGACCUACGGCAGCUGUGAACCCGUAUGUAUUGUAUUCACAAGUGUGCAGGGAACAUGCUCCAUCGAAUGUGGUGGAUUUAAAACUACAAUAUCAGAAACCGUUCUUAUCAAUUCACCAAACCGUGUAAAAUAUCGUUGGUUAGCUGAGGGAUAUAUCGUCGACAGUGACGGGACUUUCAUCAGUGACGGAUCCUUUCCUAAUGGAGGGGUGAUUGUAACAACGGCAGGGACAAAUCCGCCUUCGUGUGUACACAAGGACUCCUUUUCGCUGGGCCCUGUCAAUGGUAGUGUCUGUCCUUUAUCUGUGACAUUUCAUCGGUUUGCACUCAACAACAUUGUGCCAACAUCAAUCAUGUACAAAUCCUUGAUUAUAAGAAACAUGUACGGUGAAGCCAUUUACCCAUAUAUGAAAAAGAGAGUGACACACCCGCGGGGCUGGAUGGGCUUAGUACCGGACGGGUUAGAGACCGAAUUCGAGUUUGAAAAUGCCGGUCACUUGACUAACAUCAGUUACACUGCACGCUUUGACCAGUUCAAGAACGGAGACUCUCUAACGAUCGUACAAAGUGUGAACACGGUUCCUGAUUUUGUCAAUGUAGUGUCCUCUGGAGGUUCUUCUGGAGUCAAUGUAACAUCGUUUGUACAGGGAGUUCACAGCAAUGGUGACUGGAUGUAUAAUGGUGACAAGUUAAAGUACUAUAUAUCGGGAGAUGAUCUUGACGAGAGGAUCGACAGACCUGUAAAUUUCCAGGCGUUGCGGUGUUAUUACGAGAAGUGCAUUCCUCCCCCUGCCGUUGGUACUGACCCUCCAGUGACCUCUCGUCCAAACAGAUAUUUAUUGUGGAACGAUACUAACACAUGGAGUGAUAUCGGUGCAGCUGUACCAACCGAAGGAAGCAACGUUACUAUACCUAUAGAUUUCUGGGUUGUGGCUGUUGAUCUACAUAUCAGUCUGGAUGUACUGACCAUAGAAGGUUCACUGGAAUUCGUCGACCAGUCAUUCUCCGGAAGUGGAACACAUUCCGUCUCAUUGCGGCACCUAGAGGUGGCAGGUAGUGGUCGCCUGGUCGUCGGCUGGGAAAAUUCUCCUUUCACCGGUGAAUUUGAAUUAAUUCUUAGAGGGGCUCACAACAGCGCAGAGUUUGGAGGACGUGGUGGGCCGCCUAAAGGAGCAAAGUCAUUUGUGUCAUGGGGAGCGGUGGAGAUGCACGGACAAGAUGUGGGCGUACCGUGGACCACUCUCGCCAGCACUGUUAACCCAGGAGCUACGUCAAUAACUCUGUCAGAGUCGGUUGCAUGGGACAUUGGCAGUGAAAUCGUUGUGGCACCAACAAGUUAUGACAUGUGGGAAUCCGAGACAUUCAGAAUCACUUCAAUAUCGACCGACCGGAAAACUCUAAAUUUGAAUGCUUCAAUUCAAUAUGUACACAGUGGAAUCACGGAGAAUAUAGGGGAUUUAAAUAUCGCCAUGUCGGCUGAGGUGGGGCUCCUGACCCGUAAUAUAAAGAUUUGUGGCGAACGUUACUCAGACCAGGACAAACAGGCAUUUGGAGGCCGCGUUCUCAUUGGCACCAAUGACGACGGUACUGGCUAUGGUCGGUUUUCUAAUGUCCAGUUCUGCUACAUGGGUCAAGAUGGAUUUAAUGAGGAAUAUGAUCCACGCUGGUCACUAGCCUUUCUUGAUCUCGGAGAAGUCAACGAUUUGCGUCCGUCCUCUGUCACAAAAUGUUCCUUCGUCAAUAGUUAUUCGCCAGCCAUUGGCGUAUCGGGUACAAACAGUCUUCUGCUGAAGGACAAUGUUAUUUAUCGAAUACUCUACGCAGGUAUGGUGAUAUCAGGAGCUGACAUACAAGUUGUCAACAACCUGUUAAUCCUACUGCAGUGGGAAGGUGCAUAUCUAAACCGUUCAGAACCUUUCAACGUAAGGUACAAUGGAUUGGUCGACAGUCUGCUUUCAACGAACCUAACACUGGUGGGGAAUCACGCAGCAGGAGCAGAAAGGAUCGCAUACCAUAUCGUCGGGGAGGAUUGCCAUGCUGGUGUUACUCAGUUCAGAGAAAACGUGGCUCAUUCGAGUCUGAUUGGCGUCGGCCUUGUGGCACAAGACAGACCCAGAAAGGAUUGUAUGCAAUUCUCAGGGUUUACUAUUUAUCGAUGUUUCGAUUAUGGUGUGUACUUGAACCAGCCUGCCUCUCUGAUUAUAUCAGACCUGAUAUCAGUUGAUAACGGUGUUGGAGUUUUCCCUAUUAUAUAUGGCCCUUCCGCUACAAGACACGAGUACGGUGACAGAUCCUUUAAAAUAUCCAACUCAACAAUUGUCGGACGUUCGAGCAUAUUUGACUGUGCACGUGACAGGAAAUCGAACCUUAUCAAUGACAACAUCCGAUUAAGUGGCCAGGGACGAGCCAACCAGGUAGAUGAUGGUGCUAAUAUUGCGUUGGUGUUUGGAACCUUUUCGUCGGGCUCAAACAUGUCUCCAGAAAAACCCUUCGCUAACAUCAUGUCAUAUCAAGCUCUGUUCGGCGAAACUAUCGUAGAAGCAGGAUAA